UUCAGCCCGCGCGCGUUCAGUCAGCUGACGCCCGCCGCAACUACCGCACGUCAUCUUUCACUCCGCGCCGGUUCCGCGCAGUGUCUCGUGUUAUAAACACCCCCUUCGUGUUUUACAUAAAACCACAAUGGCCACCUACGCUCAAUUCAAGCAUGUCGAGCUCUACAAGAUCGGCCAUGGAAAGAACAGAGUGCCUAACGCGCCUAAGAGCUGCAUCGCCGAGAUCUUCAGCUCGGACACCGUGGACAGCACCCCGGUGAGGAAUGGCAACGUGCGCCCGCGCGCCGUACGCGACACGCCCACCCGCCCGCGCGACACUCACUCCAGACUUUUCGGACAGACCACCUCAGCGCACGUGACCCCCAUGAUAACCAACACUAUCCGCAGCAACAUCAAAUUCGGCGAGGCGACCAUGAACGGCGGCAGCCCCUCGCACUCGCCCAAGAUGAACGGCAGCGCCUCCUCGACGCCCAGCCGAGCAUCGUUCACGCCGCCCAAGAGGAAUCCAGUGACCGGAGACGGGGUGCUGCUGGAGCCUGCGCGACGUCGGCACCCGGCCGCCGCUCAGCGAGAAGGCAACCCGAUCACCGGUGACGGCUACAAGUCCCUGAACGGGCAGAUCAACACCGUGACGUCACUAAACGGCAACGGCUUCAUCAACCACAACCGCGUGCCGCCCGGCGGGUUCUCCUCCGGCCUCUGGUAGACUGCCCCUACACUCAAAUUCGACUUGUAUUUUACCGUCUACCCCCACCUUGUCAUAAAAGACAACAAAAAAUUUUGUAAAAAAUAUAAGAUUAUUUCAAAUUCAUCAACCUUUAUAACUUUGACGCAGGAACAUGGCGUGGUAUCCACAAAAUCAGUAACGUGUCGAGUCUUUAUGAAAUACUGCAGUUUUCAUGCAUUUAUAUUAACAAUUCCAUUAAUCAACUAAAUUUCAAUGACUGUCUGGAUAUCACGGUAUCACCAAAAAUACCAGAUUAUAAUUAAAAAUGACGACGUCCACUAAAACAGAAAGGGUAUAUGUUGUUAAAUAAAUCCUUAGCCUAUCCCAUAAAUGUUUACUUUUCGAAUAAUUAAGCAUAGAUGAUUAUAGAUAUUUUUGUAAUAGUAACAUUAUUUCCAUAGAUAUAAUAAUGUUAUUGAUUCGUAGUGUGGGACCUUUGAAUUAAUAAUAACCAUAAAAUAGUUAUAUGUUCAAUAACAAUGCUUAUAAGUAUAUUUAUUUGCGUUCGAAUUGAUGAUUAAAUACAUAUUUAUUAUAAUUUCAAAGGUCAACGCAGACUUAAGAACUUGAAAAUUAUACUCUUCACACUUUAAUAAUUAUUUUAACUUUGAUAUUGUGAAUUAGGAGUGAGGAUACGUAUCAGCAAUAUACCAAAACGAAUAGUGCCUUGAUUGGAGAUGGGGUGAAAUUCUAUAAGAAUCUGUGUGAGAUUGAGUAGGCAUUAACGUAAAGACAGUGAUUAUAUUAUCUAUAUUUCACGGUAUAGAAAUAGUAAUCAUACGGCACUCGGGCUAAAUGAUACAAAUUAUAUCUUAACUUAAACUUUAAUAUUUGACACUAAUUAAGAGUCCUUAAUCUCUUUCGUUAAAUUUUAUUAUCAUAUUUAUCAUAUUACCUAAUUUAAAUAGAGGGUUUAUAGAUUGCAUUUAUUUUGUCUUUACAUGAGUUUAUUUUUUUUAGUUUAUUUUCUACGCGUUUAGAAAUAAAAUGUAAGAAAGUAUUGAAUUUUGGUCGAUUAUCUGUUAACAAAAUUGGUGAUUUUAAGGACCAUAGUUUUGUAGGAUAAUAAGUUGUGGCGAUGUUUGUAUAAGCCGUAACCACUUAGUGUAGGCAUAUCAACUUUGUAAAAACGUUUUAAUAUUCUAUCUAACCUGAACGCAUAAUCGCAGGCCUAAUUAUAACAAAACUGUUAAUAGAUAAUAACCAUUAUUUCAAAAUAAAGUUUUUUUAUUGAUAA